AUGUGCGACUGUUUCCACCUGGCCUUCCCCAACUGGCACGCCGCUCCGAGCACGGGAGCUGGCCGCCGGUUAAAGGGACCAGAGUCCGAUGCAGAGGACAAUUCAAUAUACGAGGAGCCAUCACAGCCCCUAGAAGAAGAAAGACCACGUCCUCAAGGAUCAUCCCCUGUUGAGGAGUACCCCGAGACUGAAAAGCACCGAGACAGCUAUAAGGAGUUUUUUUUCUAAUUUGCUUUGGAACAGGAUCCACUUCCCAAAGGUGUGACUGGAAAGAAAAGCAAAAGGGCUGGGCUUGGGUCCCUGUUUGACAAGCGCUCCACUCCAAAGAUGAGUAAACUGAAGGGAGCUCACAGCCCAGAGUCAGAAGUAACAGCAAAGGAUGGAGGUGCAGAGGGUCUUGUUUUCACUGGAGGGGGGAAGGAUGGUAUCUUCAUCAAGGAAGUGGUGCCUAAAUCACCAGCUUCAAAAAACCUGAGUGUGAAAGAAGGUGACCAGAUUCUGAGUGCCACAGUGUAUUUUGACAACGUGUCAUGUGAGGAUGCCAUGCAAAUUUUGGAACACGCCCAGGCCUAUAAAGUGAAGCUCUGCCUGAAACGCAAGCCAGACAUCCGUGAGAGUGAACAAGUCUUCCCUCCUGAAAUCAUCAAUGAGGAAGAGGCCUCCUCUCCAGAAAUGAGGGGACGCGAAAAGACAAAAAAGCAAAGUGGCGCUCGAAUCUCAUGGCCAAAGUUUUACUCCUUGGGCAAAGGACGGAAGUCCCAGUUUACCAGGUCUCACAGCUCCUCAGAAGCUGAUGACCAAAGAAAACUUGAGCUGAGCCCCACUUCAAGCAACACAGAGUCGCCAGUCAAAUUUCAAGAAGCUUUCAAAGUCAAGAAAAAACACAAGGUGAAACUGCCUGGUAUGAGAAAGACAGUCUCCAUGAGUACGUCAGAAGAGCAGGAUAUAGAUUCACUAACAGCUGUACCUUCUAACACAGUGGAUGCACACCAGUCACAGGAGGCAUUAAACAUACAUUCACCCGAGGUCUGUGUGACCGAACGUCCAAAAGUAACGGAAACCUUUGACGUUAGACUUGACCAGAAUGAUGAUGAAAAGGUGGCUGAGCCUGAAACCAAACAACACAAGGUGGAGCUCAUUGGUCUGGAUAACACUUUGAAAACAACUGAUCUAACGGUGGCUCUGGCUGAUAAAGAAAGUCCAUCUAGUCUGAAAUCCCCUGAAAAGAAGAAAAAGAAGAAGAAAGAAAGGUCAGAAUUCAAAUUGAGAAUUUUGGGGAAAGAUAAAUCACAAAAGCAAGAGAAGGUGAAACCUUCACCAAAACGACUUCAGACUCUGGGGGCAAGUAUUGAAAAAGCGGAUUCAAUGAAACAUGAAGAAUCACCUGUCAUCUCAAGUGUUGUAUCACAUACUGAACUAGAGGAGCACCAAAAACCAACUGAGGCCAGCACCCAAUUGACGGAUGAUGCCAAAUCUGUGUCAGUUCAGGCGGAAAUGGGUGUGCCGAAAGUGGACCUUUCCCUUGACAUGUCUGAUACAGAACUUCUAAGAAAGUCUCCAAUGCAGGACAUAGAAAAAACACAGAAAGGGUCAUUAUCAGUGGAUGUAAGACAAAAAGCAGAUACAAAGGUAAGUCCUACAUUCAAGUUGCCUAAAAUAGGUUUCAGUGACAUUACCACAGAAGAAACUAUACCAAAAAGAGACGUAAAUGUUGAAUUUACAUCAAAUAUCAAGCAUCUCAACACCGAGGCUACAGCAAUGACGAUAGAUCCUUAUGACAGACUGUCAGCCAGUGGUCUUUCUGAAAUGGAGCUCCCUAAGCGUGAGGAUAUUGAAAUCCCGGGAAUGGAGGAUCUGUCAUCAGUGACGCUCACAACACAAAGAAAUACAGAACCUAAAAGUUUUUGUGUUUCUCAAGCUGAAGAAAUCAAAUCAGAAACUGUACAAAUGUCAAUUGAUGUUGAUAGUGUCAAAGAGGCAGUUUCAAAGCUGCCUGGAUUCAAGCUGCCUAGAGUUGACAUGUCAGGAGUGCCUAUUCCUGAAGAAAUUACAAUGAUAGAUGCAAAUGCACAGAGAAUAACAAUGAAAACCCAAGCAACCCCAACUAAAGUCUUAGAUGUCAGACAAAAGCAAGAGGCAUAUAACAUUGAGUCAGAUCUGCAAAGCUCUCCUGAAAUCUUAAGCAGGACAUCCGUCAAGCUGCCAAAACUCAAACCUGCUGAUUUCGGUUUCCAGGAACCUAUAACGGACAUACAAGUCUAUGAUAAAAGCAUUGAACAGGAAGACAAGGCCAAGGUUGGUGGAAUCAAAAUCAAAUUCAAGGAAUUUGAUGAUAUUAUAAUGCCUGAAAAAGACAGUCAACAAGAGGAGGCCAAUCUUCAAGCACAAGAUAUGAGGAAAACAAUAGAAAUGGAGGGCAAUCAAUCUGCAUCUGAAGCUGUAUUCAUUACAGAGCAAGACAAAGACACAACUGAAAAUUUGGUUUUCCACAGUCCUACGGGAUCAGAUGAAAAACUGAGGGGAGCAAAGAUAACUAUUCCCAGCUUUGGAGUCACAAAGCCAGAUAUAAGACUACCUGACAUUGGGAUUGAUUUGUCAAGACGAAAGCUUUCUGACAAAAAAAGCUACAAAGUUGACAGAGCUAAGGUGAUGGAGGCAAGGGAUGGCCUUCCUAAAGUAGACAUUUCCUUACCUGAAGAAGAGGAGGAGACCGAGAAAGAGAGCAAAGAGCCAGAGAGCAGAGGCAAAAUCAAAGAUGUUGAAAAUGAAGGGCAAGGAGGAAGAUUUAAACUACCAAAAAUUGGAAUAUCAAUGCCAAAAGUAAAAGGCCCUCACACUGAUUUAAGUUUGUCAAGCAAAAUCAUGGAUGAGACAUUGCCAGAGGGCAAACCAGAAAUUCAACAUCCACAUAUUGAAUUAAAAGAACCCUCAGGUAAAGUGAAGAUUCAAUCUCAGAUGAAGGAUGUUCAACUGAAGGAUUCUGAAACAUUUAAGCAAUUUGAUGUCACAAUAGGAUCUGAAAUUGAUUUGGGCUUAAAGGAUGGACGUAUAACUCUACCUGAAGCCAAAGCGGAAGUGUACCUUCCUGAUAUGGAACUACACAAACCUUCUGAUGAAGUUUUACUGAAAACUCCUACGGCGAAAGUAAAGGAAGUUGAAAAAUCCCCAUCAAAAUUAAAAUUCAAAAUGCCAACAUUUGAACGACCAAAACCAACUGAGAUUGAUUUGAGCUUAUUAAAGGAGGGUGUAGACUUUGCUUUACCAGAAGAUAAAGCAGAAGUAAAACAUCCCGACUUUGAUCUAAACGAAGCUUCUAUGGGAAUUGAUGCUUCUAAAAUUGAGGUUCCAGUAAAGGAAGUUGAAGUAUCACCAUCAAAAUCAAAAAUUAAAAUGCCGACACUGAAACUGUCUCACUUUGGAGCUGCAACCUUAGAUGGCAGUCUAGAAAUUCCUAUAAACAAAAAAGAAACUAAAAUUGAUGGAGAUGAGCAAACUAUUUCAGAAGGAGGAGCUGCAGUGGAUAUUACAACACCCAGUGUCAAGGUCAAAGUUCCGUCAAUUGAAGUGAAAAGUGCUGAAUAUGAAAUUAGGGGAAAAAGAGGAGAGUUUAAAAUGCAAAAUCUUGGGAUCUCAACGCCAAAAGUCAAAGCACCUGAAACUGAUUUGAACAUAUUGAAGACACUUACAGAUGUCACACUACCAGAAGCUAAAGCUGAAGCAAAACUACCUGAUGUUGAAGUCAAAGCACCCCUAUUUGAUGUUUCUGCACCAGCUGCACCUACAGUGGAUGCUGAUACCCAGUUGAAAGGUGUUGAAAAAUCACCAUCAAAAUCAAAAUUUAAAAUGCCAAAGUUUGGAAUAGCAUUACCACAAGUGAAAGGGCCUGAAAUUGAUUUGAGCUUAUCAAAGAAGGAUGUAGACAUCACACUACCCUCAGUCAAAGUGGAAGUCUUGGCUCCUGAUGUUGAUGUAAAAGCACAUUCUACCAGCGCUGAAGUUAAAGCUCCUGAGAUUGAGGUUCAAAUAAAAGAUGUGGACGAAUCACCAUCAAAAUCCAAAUUUAAAAUGCCAACAUUUAAGAUGCCUCACUUUGGUGCUGCUACUCCAACUGUCAUUGCAGAAGUACCCGAUGCAGACAAAGAUAUUAUGAUUGAUGGAGCUAAGUUGAGAACUUCUAGAGGAGUUGAAGUGGAUGUUAUGACAUCAAGUGUCGAAGUUGAAGGUACAUCUAUGGAUGUAAAAAGCGCAGAAUUUGAAAUUGAGGGGAAAGGAGGAAAGUUUAAAAUGCCCAAUCUUGGCAUCUCAAUGCCAAAAAUCAAAGCACCUGAAACUGAUCUGAGCUCAUCAAAGAAGGAUACAGAUAUCACACUACCAGAAGCAAAAGCUGAACUCAAAUUGCCUGAUGUUGAAGUCAAAGAGCCAGUAUGUGAUGUUUCUGUACCGGACAUGCCUACAGUAGAUGUUGAAGCCAAGCUGAAAAAAUCCAGUUGGUCAUUGCCAAAAUUUUCCUUUUCAAAGCCAAGUGUCAAAGGCCCUGAUUCUGAUGUUAAACUAGAUGGUCAAGAAGUCGAGGUUACAUUACCAGAGGCAAAAACAGAAGUUCACCUUCCAGAUGUUGAUGUUGAAGUCAAAGGACCAUCUGCUGCAAUUUCAAUAGACAAGCAACCUGAAGCAGAACUUGAAGCCAAACCAAAGAAAUCAAGGAUUUCAUUACCCAGAUUUUCAUUUUCAAAGCCUAGUGUAAAAGAACCAGUAGUUGAUGUUGAGCUUUCACAUGUUGAAGCCUCUGUUCCAGAGAUGGAAAUAGAAGUGAAACAGCCUGAAGUGGAAAUUAAACAACCAGAAGUUGACAUUGAACUUGAUAGUGAUGGAAGCAAGUUCACAAUGCCCAAUUUUGGAAUAUCAUUACCAAAAGUGAAAGGGACCAUUAUUAAUUCAGGUUUAUCAAAAAAAGGUGAAGACAUCACAAUACCUGAAGAUAAGGCAGAAAUCAAACUUCCUCAUGUUGAUGUAAGUAAACCUUCUGUGGGAGUUGAUUUAGAAGCCCCUGACAUUAAGGUUCAAGUAAAAGAUAUUCAAAAAUCCCCAUCAAAAUCCAAAUUCAAACUGCCGACAUUCAAACUGCCUCACUUUGGACCAACAAUUCCAACUGCCACCUCAGAGAUUCCUGAGGGGAACAAAGAAAUGACAAUUGAUGGAGCUGAGCUGGACAUUUCCAGUGGCGCUGCAGUGGAUUUUACAUCACCAAGUGUGGAGGUUGAAGCUCCAUCUAUUGACGUAAAAAGUGCAGAAUAUGAAAUUGAGGGCAAAGGAGAAAAGUUUAAAAUGCCCAAUCUUGACAUUUCGAUACCAAAAGUCAAAGCGCCUGAAAUUGAUUUGAGCUUAUCAAAGAAGGAUGUAGACAUCACACUACCCUCAGUCAAAGCACAAGUUCUGACUCCUGCUGUUGAUAUAAAAGCACAUUCUACCAGUGCUGAAGUUAAAGCUCCUGAGAUUGAUGUUCAAAUAAAAGAUGUGGAAGAAUCACCAUCAAAAUCCAAAUUUAAAAUGCCAACAUUUACGAUGCCUCACUUAGGUGCUGCAACUCCAACUGUCACUGCAGAAGUACCUGAUGCAGAGAAAGAUAUUACAAUUGAUGGAGCUGAGUGGAAAAUUUCUAAAAGAGCUGCAGUGGAUGUUAUGACAUCAAGUGUUGAAGUUGAAGGUACAUCCAUUGACUUAAAAAGUGCAGAAUAUGAAGUAGAGGGGAAAGAAGGAAAGAUUAAAAUGCCCCACCUUGGCAUCUCAAUGCCAAAAAUCAAAGCACCUGAAAUUGAUCUGAGCUCAUCAAAGAAGGAUACAGAUAUCACACUACCAGAAGCUAAAGCUGAACUCAGACUGCCUGAUGCUGAAGUCAAAGAGUCAGUAUGUGAUGUUGCUGUACCUGACAUGCCUACAGUAGAUGUUGAAGCCAAGCUGAAGAAAUCCAGUUGGUCAUUGCCAAGAUUUUCAUUUUCAAAACCAAGUGUCAAAGGCCCUGAUUCUGAUGUUAAGCUAGAUAGUCAAGAAGUUGAGGUUACAUUACCAGAGGUAAAAACAGAAGUCCACCUUCCAGAUGUUGAGGGCAAAGGACAAUCUGAUGCUAUUUCAAUGGACAAGCCACCUAAAGCAGAACUUGAGGCCAAACCAAAGAAGUCAAGAUUUUCAUUACCCAGAUUUUCAUUUUCAAGGCCUAGUGUUAAAGAAGCAGAAAUUGAUGUCGACCUUUCGCAUGUUGAAGCUUCUGUUCCAGAGAUGGAAAUAGAAGUGAAACAGCCUGAAGUGGAAAUCGAAAAGCCAGAAAUUGAUGAACAUGAGCACCAUGGAGGCAAGUUGAAAAUGCCAAAGUUUGGAAUGUCAUUACCAAAAGUUAAAGGGCCUGAGAUUGAUUUUAGUUUAUCAAAUAAAGGUGAAGACAUCGCUCUACCUGAAGCCAAAGCUGAAGUCAGACUUCCUGGUGUUGAUCUAAAUGAACCCUCUAUGGAAGUUGAUGUUAAUGCCCCUGAUAUUGAGGUUCAAGUAAAGGAUAUUCAAGGGUCAUCAUCAAAAUCCAAAUCUAAAAUGCUAGAAUUUAAUCUGCCUCACUUUGGAGCUGCAACUCCUACUGAUACUGCAGAAGUACCUCAGUGGAACAAAGAAAUUACAAUUGAUGUAGCUGAGCUGAAAAUUCCAGGGGGAGCUGCAGUGGAUGUUACAACAUCAAGUGUGGAGAUCGGAUAUCCAUCUAUUGCUGUGAAAAGUACUGAAUAUGAAAUUGAGGGAAAAGGAGGAGAGUUUCAAAUGCAAAAUCUUGGAAUAGCAUUACCACAGGUGACAAGGCCUGACAUGGAUUUGAGUUUCUCAAAGAAGGAUGCAGACAUCACACUACCCUCGGUCAAAGCAGAAGUCCUGGCUCCUGAGAUUGAUAUAAAAAUACCGUCUACCAGUGUUGAAGUUAAAGCUCCUGAGAUUGAUAUUCAAGUAAAAGAAGUGGAAGAAUCACCAUCAAAAUCCAAAUUUAAAAUGCCAACAUUUAAGAUGCCUCACUUUGGUGCUGCUACUCCAACUGUCACUGCAGAAGUACCUGAUGCGGAGAAAGAUCUUUCAAUUGAUGGAGCUAACGUAAGUGAAAUUGAGGGGAAAGGAGGAAAGUUUAAAAUGCCCAAUCUUGGCAUCUCAAUGCCAAAAAUCAAAGCACCUGAAACUGAUCUGAGUUUAUCAGAGAAGGAUACAGAUAUCACGCUACCAGAAGCUAAAGCUGAACUCAAACUGCCUGAUGUUGAAGUCAAAGAGCCAGUAUGUGAUGUUUCUGUACCAGACAUGCCUACAGUAGAUGUUGAAGCCAAGCUGAAAAAAUCCAGUUGGUCAUUGCCAAGAUUUUCGUUUUCAAAGCCAAGUGUCAAAGGCCCUGAUUCUGAUGUUAAGCUAGAAGGCCUAGAAGUUGAGGUUACAUUACCAGAGGCAAAAACAGAGGUUCAUCCUCCAAAUGUUGAAGUCAAAGGGCCGUCUGCUACCAUUUCAACAGACAAGCAACCUGAUGUAGACCUUGAGACCAAACUAAAGAAACCAAGGUUUUCAUUACCCAGAUUUUCAUUUUCAAAGCCUAGUGUUAAAGAACCUGAAGUUGAUGUUGACACUCCACAUGCUGAAGCCUCUGUUCCAGAGUUGAAAGCGGAGGUCAAACAGCCAGAACUGGAAAUUGAAAAUCCAGAAUUUGAUGGCCAUGGAGGAAAGUUCAAAAUGCCCAAGUUUGGAAUAUCCUUACCAAAAGUUAAAGGGCCUGAGAUUGAUUUGGGGUUAUCAAAGCGGGGCGAAGAGAUCACAAUACCUGAAGCCGAAGCCGAAGUUAAAUUUCCUGAUGUUGGUCUGAAUGAAUAUUCAAUGGGAGUUAAUGUUAAUGCCCCUGAUAUUGAGGUUCAAGUGAAGGAUUUUCAAGAAUCACCAUCAAAAUCCAAAUUUAAAAUGCCAGCAUUUAAAGCAACAAUUCCAACAGUCAGUGCAGAUGUUCCUGAGAUGAACAAAGAAAUUACAAUUGAUGGAGCUGAGCUUAAAGGCCAUGAUGGAGAAGCUGCUGUGAAUGUUAUAACACCCAGUGUCGAGGUUGAACUUCCAUCUAUUGAUGUAAAAAGUGCAGGAUUUGAAACUGACAGAAUAGGAGGAAAGUUUGAAAUACCCAAUCUUGGCAUCUCAAUAGCAAAAGUCAAAGCACCUGAAAUUGAUCUGAGCUUAUCAAAGAAGAAUACAGAUAUCACACUACCCUCAGUCAAAGCAGAAGUCCUGGCUCCUGAUGUUGAUAUAAAAACACCGUCUACCAGUGCUGAAGUUAAAGCCCCCAAGAUUGAAGAUGUGGAAAAAUCACCAUCAAAAUCCAAAUUUAAAAUGCCAACAUUCAACCUGCCCCAUUUUGGAACAGCAACUCCAACUGUCACUGCAGAAGUACCUGAUGCAGAGAAAGAUAUUACAAUUGAUGGAGCUGAGUUGAAAAUUUCUAAAAGAGCUGCAGUGGAUGUUAUGACAUCAAACGUCGAAGUUGAAGGUACAUCUAUUGAUGUAAAAAGUGCAGAAUAUGAAAUUGAAGGGAAAGGAGGGAAGUUUAAAAUGCCACAUCUUGGCAUCUCAAUGCCAAAAAUGAAAGCACCUGAAACUGAUCUGAGCUUAUCAAAGAAGGAAGUUGAAGUUGAAGUCAAAGAGCCGGUAUGUGAUGUUUCUGUAGCGGACAUGCCUACAGUAGAUGCUGAAGCCAAGCUGAAAAAAUCCAGUUGGUCAUUGCCAAGAUUUUCAUUUUCAAAGCCAAGUGUCAAAGGCCCUGAUUCUGAUGUUAACCUAGAUGGUCAAGAAGUUGAAGUUACAUUACCAGAGGCAAAAACUGUGGUCCACCUUCCAGAUGUUGAGGGCAAAGGACGAUCUGCUGCUAUUUCAGUGGACAAGCAAUCCGAAGCAGACCUUGAGGCCAAGUUAAAGAAACCAAGAUUUUCAUUACCCAGAUUUUCAUUUUCAAAGCCUAGUGUUACAGAGCCAGAAGUUGAUGUUGAUGUUGAAGCCUCUGUUCCAGAGAUGAAAGUGGAGGUCAAACAGCCUGAAGUGGAAACUGAUGAACUCGAGGGCCAUGGAGGCAAGUUCAAAAUGCCAAAGUUUGGAAUAUCAUUACCAAAGGUUAAAGGGCCUGAAAUUGAUUUGAUCUCAACAAUGAAGGAAGAGGACAUCACAGUUCCUAAAGCUAAAGCAAAAUUUGAUUUUCCUUCUAAGGACGGCAAAGCCACUGAUAUUGAGGUUCCGGUAAAAGAUGUUCAAGAAUCACCAUCAAAAUCAAAAUUUAAAAUGCCAAAGUUUGGAAUAGCUUUACCACAAGUGAAAGGGCCUGAAACUGAUUUGAGCUCAACAAGGAAGGAUGAAGACAUCACAUUACCUAAAGCUAAAGCAAAAUUUGAUUUUCCUUCUAAGGAUGGCAAAGCCACUGAUAUUGAGGUUCAAGUAAAAGAUGUUCAAGAAUCGCCAUCAAAAUCAAAAUUUAAAAUGCCAAAGUUUGGAAUAGCUUUACCACAACUGAAAGGGCCUGAAAUUGAUUUGAGCUCAUCAAGAAAGGAUGAAGACAUCACAUUACCUAAAGCAAAAUUUGAUUUUCCUUCUAAGGAUGGCAAAGCCACUGAUAUUGAGGUUCAAGUAAAAGAUGUUCAAGAAUCACCAUCAAAAUCAAAAUUUAAAAUGCCAAAGUUUGGAAUAACUUUACCACAAGUGAAAGGGCCUGAAAUUGAUUUGAGCUUAUCAAAGAAGGAUGUAGACAUCACUGUACCCUCAGUCAAAGCACAAGUCCUGGCUCCUGAUGUUGAUAUAAAAGCACAUUCUACAAGUGCUAAAGUUAAAGCUCCUGAGAUUGAUGUUCAAGUAAAAGAUGUGGAAGUAUCACCAUCAAAAUCCAAAUUUAAAAUGCCAACAUUCAACCUGCCCCAUUUUGGAACAGCAACUCCAACUGUUACUGCAGAAGUACCCGAAGCAGAGAAAGAUAUUACAAUUGAUGGAGCUGAGUUGAAAAUUUCUAAAAGAGCUGCAGCAGAUGUAAAAACACCAAGUGUAGCAGUAGAAGUUCCAUCUAUUGAUGUAAAAAGUGCAGAAUAUGAACUUGAGGGGAAAGGAGGAAAAUUUCAAAUGCCCAAUCUUGGCAUCUUGAUGCCAAAAAUCAAAGCACCUGAAAUUGAUUUGAGCUUAUCAAAGAAAGAUACAGACAUCACACUACCAGAAGCUAAAGCUGAACUCAAACUGGCUAAAGUCCAAGAGCCAGUAUGUGAUGUUUCUGUACCAGAUGCACCUACAGUAGAUGUUGAAGCCAAGUUGAAAAAAUCCAGUUGGUCAUUGCCAAAAUUUUCAUUUUCAAAGCCAAGUGUCAAAGCUCCUGAUUCUGAUGUUACACUAGAAGGCCCAGAAGUUGACGUUACAUUACCAGAGACAAAAACAGAGGUUCACCUUUCAAAUGUUGGAAUCAAAGGAUCAUCUACUGCAAUUUCCAUGGACAAGGAACCUGAUGUAGACCUUGAAGCCAAGUUGAAGAAACCAAGGUUUUCAUUACCCAGAUUUUCAUUUUCAAAGCCAAGCGAUAAAGGACCUGAAGUUGAUGGUGACAUUCCACAUGUUGAAGCUUCUGUUCCAGAGAUGAAAGUGGAGGUCAAACAGACUGAAGUGGAAAUCAAACAACCAGAACUUGAAGUUGAACAUGAUGUCCAUGCAGGAAAGUUCAAAAUGCCCAAGUUUGGAAUAUCAUUACCAAAAGGUAAAGAGCCCGAUGUUGAUUUGAGCUUAUCAGUGAAGGGUGUUGACAUCACACUACCUGAAGCUCAAGCAGAAGUCACUGAUGUUGGUCUAAAUGAACCUUCUAAGGGAGUUGAUUUUAAAGUCCCUGAAACUGAGGUUCAAGUAAAAGAUGUUGAAGAAUCACCAUCAAAAUCCAAAUUCAAAAUGCCAACAAUCAAACUGCCUAACUUUGGAGCGGCAACUCCAACUGUCACUGCAGAAGUACCUGAGGUAGACAAGGAAUUCACAGUUGAUGGAGCUGAGUUUAAAAUAUCAAAAGGAGGAGCUCUAGAGGACAUUAAAACACCCAGUGCUGAGACUGAAGUUCCAUCUAUCAAUGUGAAAAGUGCAGGAUUUGAAAGUGACGGAAAAGGAGGAACAUCUAAAAUACCAAAUCUUGGCAUCUCGAUAGCAAAAGUCAAAGUACCUGAAAUUGAUCUAAGUUUAUCAAAGAAUGAUACAGAGAUCACACUAUCAGGAGCUGAAGCGGAACUCAAACGACCUCAUGUGGAAGUCAAUGAGCCCCCAAGCGAUGUUUCAGUACCAGAUGCAGCUACAGUAGAUAAUGAUGCCAAGUUGAAAAAGCCAAAGAUACCUGAGAUGGACAAGGACAUUAACACUGUUGAAGCAGAGAUGGAAAUUUCCAAUGUGGGUGACACAGUUGAUGUAAAAGCUGGCAGUGUUGAUCUAAAAUCUGAUGUCUCCCAGAUCAAUCAUGCUGAAUCUACUGAAUCGAAUUUACUUGGCUCCCCAAGUAAAUUCAAAAUGCCAUCAUUUAAAAUGCCAAGACUAAGUUUUUCAAAACCCAAAGCAGAAGAUGAACAGGCCCCCGCUGAUAUUGAACACGAAGUAAACAAAUUAGAAAUUGGGGUGGAAACACAAGUAUCGAGAAAAUCACCCAUACUAGCUUUGACAUCAUUCAGUGAAAUCUUAAAGACCAUUGAUGUUGAAUUUAAUGUUCCAACAGUAGAGGAAGUAGAACAAAAGCUUACACCUUCAAAGGAGGAAGAAGCUACCACAGGGCCAGAUGAAUUCUCUGGAAAUAUGAAGCAGUUCAAUGAAAAGGAGACAACCAUCAAGCAAGAAUCUGCCAAAAGUCCUGAGAGGGUUGGCUGGCUGAAAUUCCCCAAAUUUGGAUUAUCUUCUCCAUCAGAACCUGCCAAUAUUACUGAAAAAGUGGAUCACAAAAGUGAAAAGAGUCCUGUCGGUGAUACGAUGGAAGAUUUGAGCACAACCUGCUCAGUCCGGUCAUCUGAUGACUUUGCUGAUAUAAGCUCUACAGUGACAAGCGAACAAGUGGGCUUCUCUUUAUCAUCCCCAACCAAGGUAAUGGUCAAAUACUCUGAUCCUAAUGCCACUGUGGGGCUUGGAGAGGUGCAUGGUGAUAUAAUUACUUCCACCACAAGGACUGAGCUGAUCUCAGUUGAACCCAACUUGCCCGAAAGAAUCACCAUAAUGUCCUCUGGAGUUUCGUCCUCAUCAAUAGACACUCUCAGACUGGAAUCUGAAAACAUACAUGUCAUUACAUCUAAUAUACAAGCAACCCCAGAGACACAGCAUGCCAAACUACUAACUGAAUUCCAAGUUGAGACAGCUGAAGGCCCGUCUCCAAGAUCAGAAGACUCAUACAAAACACAGAGUGGCAUAGGAGAGCUAGUUGAGAGGCACGUAGUGAGGGAAAUGUCAAGUGAUAGCAGAGAAACAGUUGCUAUAGCAUCGUCUAUUCAACGCUUGAAAGACUCGGUGCACUCUGAGAAAAUGAAGUUUUUUGAUAGUGCCAAGAAGUAAGCUGAUUGGUCCUUAGCAUGGCAUGAGAAUGAGUUUUUCAUCAACCAACUCAAGUAUGUUAAUAACUUUUACUGGCUUAGUUAAGUGAUUUUCAGAAGAGAGUGGCUGACAUACCACCAUACUAACAUACCACCACAGGCUGAACUAACCUCAGUCUUAAUGCUGGUUAGAGUUGAUUUAUAGCUCUAGCUAUAUGUUGUAGGACUGUAAAGAGGUAAAUUGUAUAUAUACAUAGUGUAACCACGUGCCACCAUGGCAUUUAUUAUGAGGCUUUGUGAAAAGU